CUCGAAGAAGCCCUGGCGCGCCCUCCCCCCCUCCCCGGUCUGGUAGGGCGAAGGAGCGGGCGCGCGGUCGAUCGAGCGAUCGGUUGGCGGCUCUUUCUCCUGCUCUGGCAUCCAGCUCUUGGGGCGCAGGCCCGGCCGCCGCGGCGCGCGCCCGGUGGCCGUUGGCGUUCGCGCCGCGUCUUUCUUCUCGUACGCAGAACUCGGGCGGCGGCCUAUGCGUUUGCUAUCCGACGAGGAGUCGUCCGGGUGGUCGGCGGCGGCGGGCAGUUGCUCCGCCCCGCUCCUGGGGAGGCGGCGGCGGCGGCGGCGGGAUUUGGCACGGCCGGGGAAGCUGGGGUGGCCGGGGCCGGCCUGGAGGCCUGGCACCACCCUUCGGGGCCUGCAAGGACCCAACUGGGGGGACAGGAGGGAGCCGGGGGAUGGUUGGUGGUGGGCUUUCUACUUUGUCUUUUCCUCCUUAUGCCGCCUUAGUGAGGGGCGGGAGCGCUGGAGGCCGCUCCGGGGUGGAGAGACAAGCUCCGGAGUCGGAAGAGCUGGGUUUGCUUCCGGGCCUAACCACCAGCUGGCCGAGUGACCUUAGGCAAGUCACUCUGUAAUUUGUCUGAGCCUCAGUUUCCUCCUUCUCCACCAAUGUUUGUGGGAUUGAAAGCGCUUUGUAAACUGUAAAGCGUCGCUGUAUGUAAGGGAUGAUUAUUGUUCGUAAUGGCUUGGUUUUUUUUUUUUUUUUUUGGAGUUGUAAGAAAACUUAGAAAUUGCCCAUUCCUUGAACCUGCAACCUUGGAUUGGAGGUGGAGAUCCCCAAACUCCCUGAAAUUGUAUGCAGAAAUUAGUGGGAAUGUGCAUUUUAGAGAAUGAGGAGCCAUCGCCAGCAAGUUUUCAUUGGGGGCUGUGACCCAGAAGAAUUAAGAACCACAUUUCCUUUGUCACAAGGAGGAAACUGAGGCCAGAUGUCAUUUGGGACCCUUCACAACCAAUUCGAAGCCCCUGUUUGAAUCCCUGAGAUAUGUGAGCUGUUCUGUGCGUAGUGGAUAUUCGUGGUAACAACACUCCACUUCUUGGCUUCUAUUUUGAGUUCUUUCACCGUGGGUUGCCUAAAGGGUGACUGAUGCUUAAAGGUACAGUGGCACCCAGCAUAAAGCAGCUAAAACUGGGCAUGGAUAUGUUCUCUAGUAUCAAGAAGCCUAUUUAAUCUUUGGCCCAACAACUUUUUUUUUUCUGGUGCCUGACUACCUUUCUGACUCUUCAUUGACCAUUUUCUAUGACCAUGGUUGCCAUCCGUUACUUGCUCCUAUUGUAUAUUCCUAGUCUGUGUGGUUAGUAGUGAGCAGGCUUAUUUUUAAAUGGUGCUGCCAAGUCCAACUAAUUAAUGGUGCAGGUGGAUUUUUAGCAAGCUGGCUCACUGGAACAGACUGAACCAGGCAUGGAAUUCUUGAAAAUGUUUGGGGGGUUGAGUCUUUAUUAAUUGAAGGUUAACGUUUUCUGAGAAGUUUUGUUAGAAUUUUCUGCUGAACCUCAAAAUCAGAUUGAAAGUGUUUCAACCUUAACUUUUUUCUGGUCUGCUUUGUAUUCUAUUUGCUUGCAAGUGUGUUACUAAGAUGGCCAAAAUGCCAGUUUUUGCUUCUUUGUUAAUUGUCAGCUGCUUUUAUCAAAUAUCAGGCAGUUAUCCAGCAAACACUAUAGAAAUGUUUGAACAGUUGGCUUUCAAACAUUUUCAUUUUGUGGAGUGGUGCUUACCAUUGGUACAGCUCUAAGCAAGCAAAUGCAAACACUUUAAGUGUAUUUUGUCUGUUAGGUGUUAGCCGGUUCUGCUAUUUCAUACAAAUGUCUGGAAAUCAAUUGACUAUUCCCUUUACCUAGAGGGCAGAGACAAAUGAUCUCAACUCCAGAGAAAUGACUGUUUUGGAGAAAACUGUGUUGGUCUUUUAGCUCUUUUGUAAUUAAAUCUGGAUGUACCUCAAAAGAAUCUUAAGACUGGUGAUAAAAUGCUUUCCUCAGGAGAAAGGAGGAAAAAAACAACUGGAACUCAAAGCUUGAAAUUCUUUGACAAACAUAAGAUAUCCAGGAUGGGAAGUUGAAAGGGUUUCACUACAUAGCGUUCUGCCCUAGCUGGAGCAGAUGUCUUUCAGUGUGGUUAUGGCGUGGACUUCAGAUUUUCAAGAACUGGAUCUGGGACCUGGAAGAAUUAUCAAGAUGUGACACGAAGUUGGGAGCUGGAUUUUUUUAUUUUUGAAUUUAUGGACGAUUGUCCUUGCUUUGAGAAAAGACAAUGACUGAGCAAGCACUGCCACCAGCGCUGUUACUGGGAAUUCGGAGACCUGAGUUUUUGCCAGAUCCUCGGUGCAAACUCUGGCGACGCUCCAUCCAAAGUGAAAAACGUCUUGUGCCUCCUGGUUGCCGAGUAUUCACCUGGACCUUCUAACCACCUUCCUUGAGCUAUUCCAUCAGCCUUCAUAUCUGGUACCUGGAAUUUUGCCCAUGGUGAUUCCUGCCACCUUACUACUGAAGAAGACAACCAUGCCAGUGAACCACUGUGACUCAAGGCAUCCGGCAAAUUUGAAUCAUCAUCAUGUGGCCUUCACCUCCACUCCUGUCCUGUUCUACCCAGAUUCAACACAGCCCUUUGUAGUGAAGUCAAACUCCUCAAGCCAAAUAGCUGAAGCUGUUUUAUCACAAUUAAGGCUCAGUUUGUUCCAUGAGUGUGCUUUCGUUUCUUCAGUUAAAGCCUUCAGAGACACAUAAUAAAUUUGGACCAGGGGAUUUUAGUUAUCAACACUGUCUGAAGAAUGGCACCAUCUUUUUGAGAACCACAUUGAACCCUGCCCCAAAAUCUCAAAUGAUUGAAGUUCAUGAAGUAUCUAAGAUCCCAUCCAAGUCACUGAACUCUGUUUUUCCAUUUCAAAUCUGUAGUAUCCUACUGAAUAAGCAGAUAUUCUGACCAUUUGGGAUUAAAACAAAGGCACAGUGAACUCAGAGCAUCCUUGGGAUUACUCAGGAACCAGAACUUUUCACACAAAUGUAAGAAAUUCUACCAAGAUAUCCCUUUACCUAACAGCAUCUCACAAAGCUCCAAUCAGAUUCCAGAAAAGGUCUCUUGAUACAUCCAGGUAGAACCUAUAUGGUAAUCCCUUAUGUUUAUAUAGCACUUUACAGUUUCAAAGCACUUUUACAUGCAUUAAUCUCAAUUAUCAAAUAACACAAGUUAUAAUCCUGUUUUGCAAAUGAGGAAAUGGAAAUUUAAAAAGUUGUCCAAGGUUAAACAGCUACAAAAUAGUAGAAGCCAGGCCUUCUGACUCCCAGUCCAGUUCUCUCCUUGGAAUUAACUUAGCCUCUAUUUUACCCACAGUGUUAAAAUAAAUGGAGAUUGAGAACCCCAGAAAAGUUUCCAACUUCCUGAUCUGGUACCCCCAGUCAGUCAGGAUAAUCUUGUGCUGGCUGUAGCUAGACCAGAAUUCUAUGGCAACAUCUCUGAAGUUUAGCAAUAGACUGUCUCCAUGGUGGUAGAUUGUCCAGUCAGUAAGGCAAAUGUUCAUCUGACGAUAAGAUUACCCAGCAUGAAACAAAGCUACUUUUAAAUCUUUCUUCAUCUUCAUAGUCUUCCCAAAAAUGGCCUAAUUAAUUGGGGAUCCCUAUUCAUAUCAUGUCUUUUUUUUUUUUAAGUCUUAUUAAUAUUCCUGGACAGCAAGGUCUUACCUAUGAUCCGCUAUCCCCAAACUAUUAUUUACAUAAUAUGAGCCAUCAAUUUUUUUAGAACAGUACUGUUCAUAUAUAUAUGUGUGUGUGUAUGUAUGUAUAUAUUUGAUAUACACAUAUAAUAUAUAUCAGAGCUUCUGUAGUCCAAUAGGUGGUAAAAUGUGUACCCUUCCCUGAUACGUAAUGCAGUGUAGUGUAUUAAAGGAUUUCAGAAGGUUUGCAGUAAAGAGCCUCAUUUAGCUGUUUAGUCCAGUUGUCCCAAGUUUAAUGAAACACAGAAUGUUACUUUUGCAGCAUUGUUUUUAAUGGAAUGGGAAAACUGCUUUGGAGCAGUAAAACCAGUGCUUGCUGAUUGGCAGCAAAUUGCCCUGGAGACCCAGAAAUAAACAGCAUCUUUGAACCCAC